ACCCUCAAUGACACUUCAUUUGAUCUUAUAAAUUCAAUUACCUAGAGAGAGAGAGAGAGAGAGAGAGAGAGAGAUUUACUAUAGAGCUAUGGUUUCUCUUCAUAAAGCACCUGCCUCUUCCUCUCCAAAUGGAACCAAAACAAGCCCUACUGGUCAUCAGUUUGAUUAUUCAUCAAAGAAAAGAAAGUGGGAUGAUGAUCAUGAUCAUGAUAAGUCACAAACUGAAGGGAGUUUCCAUAGAAGAUCAUCAAAACCACUUGAAACUAUAAAAUCUUUGUUUGAAAUAGAGCUUCAACUCGAGACUCCUUUGCCUUUGGAGUGGCAACGAUGUCUAGAUAUUCAGUCGGGGGAGAUACACUUCUACAAUACAAGAACUCAAAAGAGAACAACUAGGGAUCCAAGGAGAAGCCCAGAGCCAGAGCCAGCAAGUCCUCCUAGUAGCCAUAUGAGCUUAGAGCUUGAGCUAAAUCUUCCAUGUGACCAGUCUCAAAGGAAAAACAUUAGUCAAAACGACAAUAGUGCAAAGCAGAACAAUAAUUUUACUAGCUCCAUAGAAGAUGCAGCAGGUUUGGGCGAUUUGUUCAUGGAUUCAAGAAAAGAUCAUAAUAGUAAGAACGCACAAGGACAAAUCAUGAAGCGGUGUCCGUCUUGGUUAGCAUUUGAAGAAGAUAAAGUAGAAGAAGAGAUGGUAGCUGCAGUUUGCACCAAGUGUUAUAUGUUAGUGAUGCUUUGCAAGUCUUCUCCUUCUUGCCCUAACUGCAAAUUUAUGCACCCACAACCAGACCAGAACCAUCUAUCCUCUAAUAAGCUAUUCAAGCAAAGGCUUAGUCUCUUGUGCUGAUUAAGAGUUAAGAAUGAUCAUAUUUAUGUUUAAUUAAUUAGGAUUAAUAGCAUAUCUAUUACAAAACACAAGAUUAGAGUUGGCUAGCUAGCUAUUCUAGAUCUUGGUCCAAAUUUAAUUUAUAAUUUAGCCUGUAUUCCGUCUUUCAAUUGAAAAGCAACUGGUUGUGAUGUUAAGAUGAGAGAGAGAGAGAGAGAGAGAGAGAGAGAGAGAGAGAGAGGGAGACUGACUUGUAUCAUGUACUAACUUGAGAGAAUAUACAAGUGUUAUUCCAAUA